UCAGCCGCCUUCGAUACAGUCAACCAUGAGAUUCUGCUCUCAUCGCUGUCUGGGAUGGGUGUCACAGGUUCUGCACUCGCUUGGUUUUCCUCCUACCUCUCUGGUCGCUCCUACCAGGUGACUUCACGGAUCUCUGCCUGCUUGGCUGAUAUCUCUGCGUGGAUGACUUCCCAUCACCUGAAGCUCAACCUUGCCAAAACUGAGCUUCUCUACAUCCCUGCUAAGUCCUCUCCGUCAAUCGACCUCUCAUUGACUGUUGAGGACUUUGUAGUUUCCUCCUCCCGUACGGCAAAGAAUCUUGGGGUGACUCUUGAUAACUGCCUCACCCUGGCUCCACAAGUAUCCUCCACUCCCAGAACCUGCAGGUUCUUUCUGUAUAAUAUACGCCGUAUCCGUCAUCUCCUGACUGAGAAAGCCACCCAGCUCCUAGUCCAGGCGCUCGUCAUUUCCCGCCUGGAUUACUGCAACUCCCUCCUAGCCGGUCUCCCAGCGUGUGCCAUCAAGCCCCUCCAGCUGGUCCAGAAUGCUGCAGCCCGCCUGAUCACCAAUCAGCCCAGGUCGGCUCAUGUCACCCCGCUUCUCAUUGGCCUCCACUGGCUUCCCAUUGCCGCACGCAUCCGUUUCAAGGCCCUAGUGUUGGCAUUUCAGGCUGCUAAGGGGACUGCCCCACCUUACAUACAAUCCCUGAUCACUCCCUACUCCCCAGCUAGACCACUCCGGUCUGCCAGCUCUGGUCACCUUACGGUUCCCUCUCUACGUGCACCUGGCGGUCGAGCUGCACGUUCACGCCUGUUUUCCGUUCUGGUUCCUCAGUGGUGGAAUGACCUGCCUACCACUGUCAGAACAGCAGAAUCCCUCCCCCUAUUUCGACGCAGACUCAAAACCCACCUUUUCAAACUC